UCGCCUUGGUUCGUUCGAAAUGUGCUAAGUGCUCGUUCAAUGGAAGGCAAAAUGGAUAAGAAAACCAAAGGGAAAAUGAAAGAGAAGUCGCCCAAGUUGACUUUACGCAUGUCAUUCAGCAAGAAGGCUCGGAAUAAAACGGCUCCCGGUGGUGGAGUUGAUUUGGAAUCAUGGUUCAAGACGGGCACUACGAAGAAACCGGGCGCCCAACGGCCCAUCUCCGCCAUGGUGGUCAGGCCCAACUACGAUACGGACAUCAUCGACGUCGACGAAGAAGAGGAGCAAAAGCUCAUAGACGCCAUGGGAGAGAAGGAAGUUAACCUCAAAAUCGAGGAAUUAUUGAGCGAUAUGAAUUUGAACGACGACAAAAAGAAGCCGUUGCGUAACAUGCCGUUGGAGCAGAAGCGGGAGAUGUUGAAGAUGCAGAGCAAGAAGAAGGGCCAACAGGACACGGGCAAUCGUUUCAACGAUCCGGAGGACUACUACAAAUACCUGGACCAGCACGCCAACAACAACUCGGACUACCUGCAAUUGAACAAGUGCUUGGGGUGCAUGGAGAGCCUUCGCGUGGCCGUGGCCAACAAUCCGGUCAGCUGGGUGGAGAGAUUCAGCUCGAUCGGUGGCUUGGAAAAGGUUAUAAAAGUCCUGGAUUUGGGCGUUAAAAACAAAGACGUGAGAUUGCAAAUAGAAUGCUUGAAGUGCCUAGAGAAGUUUAUGAACAACACGACGGGUUUGAAAGCUUUUUUCAACUAUUCCAAAGGCCACUUGACGGUGGCCAGAUGUCUGGAUUACGAGAAACCACCCGUCAUGAUACAAGCUUUGAAGUUAUUGGCUCCUGUGUGUGUCUUGGACGAGAACGAAGAGGAGGUGGGUGUUAAAAGGGUGCUAAAAGCCAUCACCGAGGUCGGCGAAGAGAUGAACAGGGAGAGGUUUUUGCCAGUUGUAAAUGGUAUUACCAAAAGCGAUAACGUGGAUUUACAAAGUAUGUGUUUUCAAUUUAUCAACGCUCUAUUGAGCGAAACCGAAGACUUUGAAUUCCGAAUGCACUUGAGGAACGAAAUUGUCCGAAAUGGACUCUACGACAAAAUACAGCAACUGAAAAACGAGGCGCAUCCGGUAUUGAAGACACAAUUCAACAUAUUCGAAUUGAGACGCGAAGAUGACGCCGACGAAUUGCACGAACGUUUCGACAAGGUCCGAAUGGACUUGGACGACAUGCAGGAUUGCUUCGAAGUACUCAAAAACAUGACGUUAGACACCCCGUCGGAGCCCUAUCUCUUGAGUAUCCUCCAGCAUUUACUCUUCAUCAAGGACGACAUCGCGCUGAGAUCGGCGUACUUUAAGAUCAUAGAAGAAGUAAUAGCGCAAGUGGUGCUUCACAAGUCCGGUUUGGAUCCGGAUUUUAAAAAGAAUCACAUAGAAAUCGAUUUGCAAUCGCUCCUGGACGAGCUCAAAGACAAACCGAACCAAAUCGAGAGCGCCGAAGUGGAAAACCUGAAGAAACAACUCGAAGAAGCGCUGGCGGCCAAAACGGAGGCGGAGGCCAAGCUGGAAAUAGCCCUCGGUCGCGCCGUCUCCGCCGAAUCCACCGGCAAACUGAACCCCGAGCUGGUGAACAAGAUCACCGUCCCGCCGCCGCCGCCGAUGCCGGGCGCAGGCAGGGCGCCGGCGCCUCCUCCGAUGCCGGGCGCGCCGCCGCCUCCCCCUAUGCCCGGCGCGCCGCCGCCUCCGCCCAUGCCGGGCGUCGGUGGCGGUCCGCCUCCUCCUCCGAUGCCGCCAGGCGCCGGACCGCCGCCUCCUCCGCCGCCGCCCGGCAUGGGAGGAGGCCCGCCGCCACCGCCCGGGAUGGGCGCGAGACCGCCGCCGCCCAUGGGCGGCAUGGCCAGGCCGGACCUGUUGCCGUACGGUUUGAAGCCCAAGAGAAAGUGGGAGGUCAAGGGGCCUCUGAAGAGGGCCAAUUGGAAGAUGAUUCUACCGCAAAAAAUGUCGGAAUCAUCGUUUUGGAUCAAGGCGAAAGAGGAAGAGCUGGCCGAGCCGGAUAUUUUGGACGGUUUGGCUAAGAAGUUCUCUUCGAAACCGCCCAAAACGACGAACGACGUGACCGAUAAGUGUUACUCGACCGGCACGCUGAAGCGAGUAAAAGAAUUGAGAAUAUUAGACGGAAAAACGGCCCAAAAUAUCAGCAUUCUCUUGGGCGGUACUUUGAAGCACAUGUCUUACGAUGAAAUCAAACGGGCCUUGUUGAGGUGCGACGAGGAGAUUUUGACCGGUAAUACCAUCGAACAAUUAGUACAAUAUUUACCGCCCGCGGAUCAACUGAACAAAUUGCAAAAUUUGAAGGAAUCCUAUCAAGACUUGACGGAAGCCGAGCAAUUUUGCGUCAAACUAUCGGAAGUCAAGCGAUUAAUGCCCAGAUUGAAAUCCCUAAGUUUCAAAUACCAUUAUACGGAAAUGGUGCAAGACACAAAACCUGGCAUUGUAGCCGCUACGACUGCUUGCGAGGAAGUUAAAAAGAGCAAAAAAUUCGCCAAAAUAUUAGAACUGAUUCUACUAAUGGGUAAUUACAUGAAUACUGGAAGUAAAAACGGUCAAGCAUUCGGAUUCGAAAUGUCGUUCCUAACCAAGUUAACAGCCACCAAAGACAUCAACAACAAACAAACCCUUCUCCACUACAUCACCGAAACGAUAGAAGCAAAGUGGCCGGAUUUGUUGAGCUUCUACGACGAAAUGCCGCAUAUAGAUCAAGCCAGUCGAGUGUCUUUGGAGAACAUACAGAAAACCUUAAAACAGAUGGACAGCAGCAUUAGGAAUCUAAAAACGGAUCUAACGCACAACAGGGUGCCGCAAAGCGACGACGAUAAAUUCCUCGACAAAUUCGCCGAAGAAGCCCGAGAACAGUGCGAUAUACUGCACAAAAUGUUCAAGAAAGUGGAAAAUCUGUUUGGAGAUUUGGCCGAAUACUACGUGUUCGACAAACAGAAGUACACGCUCGAGGAAUUCUUCACGGAUUUGAAGACGUUCAAAGACAGUUUUUGCAAAGCCAAGAUGGACAAUCUGAAGGAAAAGGAAUUGGAAGAGAAGAGGGACAAGGCGAAACAGGCGAAGUUGAAGCAAGAGAAGGAGAAGGAAGAGAGGAACAAGAGGCGACUGGUGGAUAUGAAUCCUUCCGAGACUCAGGAGGGCGUUAUGGAUAGUUUAUUGGAAGCUCUUUCGACGGGUAGUGCUUUCGGAAGGGAGCAGAAAAGACGAAGAGGACAUCGACCUGCCGGAGCUGAAAGAAGAGCUCAAUUAGUCAGGUCGAGAUCGAGAACGGCAUUAAUAACCGGUAGAGAAUUAACUAGCGAUAUAACCGCCUAGGGAUUAUACAACGAAUUAAACAAGCUCAACGAAUCAAACAGUUUUUUUUAAUGUCGAUAUAAUUUAUUGUUCCCGUUUGUAAAUAAUAGUUUUUUUGUAUUUGUAUAUUUAGCGUUUCGAAACGAAUCUCUCUCGAUUCUGUUUCAAUUCGUUGGAAAUUUUUGGUCGAAAUAAUUGUAUAAUUAUUUUUUUUUAAUUUCCAACGAAUCGAAACGAAUAACGUUUUUAUAUGUUUUUAAGUCACUACCGAUUUUCCGUGCCGUCCCGAAUUUACUUCUUUAUUGUUUAAAUCUCUCGUUAAUUCCGUUUUUUAAUUAAUUAGUAAAUUAUCAAUUUAUAAUAAAUCAUUACAGGAUUCUUCAUUUAAUUGAAGCUGGCUCACACUGUAUAUAAAUAACGAGAGAACGACAAUAUUAAGUAAUUUAGAAAUUAGGAGAAAAAUGGGUCAUUUACUUAAGGGAUUUCCGGAAAUCUUGAUACUUGUAAAAUAUUCCUGUAAAAUACGUACAAUAAUUAGUGAACACUUAUUAUACAUAUUUAUUUAUAAUUAAUAUUUUUAUAUAAAAGAAAUUGUGAAUAUUAUAAAUUUUUAAUAAAUUAUUUUUAAAUUGUUAA